UGGAGGCCUGCGCUGAGGCGCUUCCACACACAGCAGGACGGAGGACCGGGCUGAAUCCGCUACCGGAAUACAUGAUUAUAUGAUUAUAUGAAAAGUUAACUUGGCUCCCGUGCGGGGCGCGUGGGGGGACGAGGGGGACAUUGUAGAGCACGGGCUCCUCAGCGAUGGGCACGUUCUAGAGCGCCUGCCAGACGCGUGUCGAACGGUGCCGAGCGUUGAAACAUGUCACUGUUGUAACAUGUUGUUGUUGUUGUUAGUGUGACAUGUCCCGCUCCAGCGCUCCGUAAAAGCGACACAGUGAAGGGGAAGGAACAGUAGCCACUAUCCGGAGCCCAGCCAGGCCAGUGAUGGAAGAGAAAGAGACGGGGGAAAGCGAGCCUGUGGACCUUCGCUGUGCCGAGCAGACUGAGCUGCUCUCAUUAAUAAUAAGCGGAGAGGAGGAAGCGACGCAAGAGGAGAGUGACUUGGGAGAAGAGGAGGGUGUCGCCAACGGCCAUGCUGAGGAUGAAUCAGAGGCCAGCAUGGUCACGCCCAUCGGCUCUCCGGGCACCAGCUACUGGAGCAUCACCGAGGGUCCCGACCACCCUCUGCUCCUGUCCCCUGUCCCUGGCCCCUCUGGACGCAAACCCAGGGUGCAACGGGCCUCGCGUCCAGGCCUCAGCAGGAUCCCGGGCCGUGACCACCGCCGCUACUACCACGAGUACUGGCGCAGCGAGUACCUGAUGGACUUUGACCCCCAGCGCCACGGGAUGAUCUGCAUGGUGUGCGGCAGCUCGCUGGCCAUGCUGAAGCUCAGCACCAUCAAGAGGCACAUCAGGCAGAAGCACCCAGACUCCCUGCUGUGGAGCGCUGCCGAUAAGGACGUGAUCCGCUCAGGGUGGGAGAGCCACCUGAGCCUGGAGGGAGGUCAGAGGUCGUACAGCUCUGCCACAGGGAGUCUGCCUCAGGAAGAGGACAAGCUGCCGGGUCCGGGCCAGCACCAAGCAGCAGAACACCCAGACCCUGUCACUCCUGAGCAGCAGCCAGAACAGCCUCCCAGCCCGUCUCCUCACUCUGUGAUGGGUGAAGCCCCCCGGCCCCCCGAGGAGGAGCAGGAACCCCCCGGGCCCUCGGCCCAGACCCUGGAGCGCUACCUGAACGACUCGUUGCACGCCUGGUUCCGCCAGGAGUUCCUGAUGGAGUACGAGGCGGAGGCGGGCCGGCUGCUGUGCAUGGUGUGCGGAGGCCAGCUGCCCUCUCUGCACCUGGACCACAUCAAGAGCCACGUGCUGGACACCCACCCCAACUCCCUGGUCUACAGCUCCGAGGAGAAGCACUGCAUACUGCAGGCCUGGGCUCAGACGCACGAAGAAUCAGACCACUUCAUCAAAUCAGAGCCCAACACCAAAGAACCCGGGGUGGACCUCUUUCCUCAGGACGUGGAGGCCAUCCAGAUCAAUGCUGACCUGUACCCAACAGCUGAUGGCGCUCUAACUCAGGACACUUGUCUUAUUGGCGAGGACGGCGGUGUCGGCUCUCCGCAGCAGGGACCCCAGCCUCUCCGCCAACCCAGGAAGAGGCGACUGCGCGGGGGCGACCCGUGGCGGCUUCGCCUCGACUACCUGGUGGCUUACGGACCUCAGGGCCGGGGCACCUUCUGUAUGGUGUGUUCUCAGGUCCUGCCGGAAACCAAGGUCAGUAGCUUCCGCCGCCACAUCCAGGAAUGUCACCCCGAGACGACAACCCUGAGCAGGCAAGAAAGGGAAGCUAUGGCUGCAGCCUGGACCAAAGAUUAUCCCACUGAAGGCACGCCAAUUAAAGAAGCAGAAAUCAACUUGAGCGAAGCUGUUGCCCUAAACACAGUAGGAGGCAUGAACGAUGACACCUCCUCUGAUGAGAGAACACCCAACAAAACCAUGAAGAAGGAGGAGGGUGACAGCGGAGGGAAGGGCAAACCGAGAGACGGCGCGGCCACGCCCUCACGCCACGGCCAUUACCCCGGCAAAGACCAGCGGAGGAACUACCAGGUCCGCUGGCGCAUGGAGUAUCUGAUGGACUACGACUGUCGGAGACACGGGCUGAUCUGCAUGGUGUGUGGAGCCACCCUGGCCACGCUGAAGGUCAGCACCAUCAAGAGGCACAUCCAGCAGGUGCACCCCCACUCCCUGGAGUACAGCCCAGAGGAGAAGCAGCAGGCCCUGCUCAGCUACAACCAGACCGCCCUCCACUUCAUCCACUCUGACGACUGCUUCUCGUCCCAGGACCACGGGCACACCGAGCUGGGCCAGACUCCAGCACACUUUGGCACUUAGAAAGGGCUUCCCCUUCGUCGCUCCCUCCCAUGGCUCCUGUUCAGAAAUGACCCUCAACUUUGUUUCUUAAAGGAACAGCUCACCCAAAAUAACAAAAAAGAGAUAUUUUCCCACAUAGCCCCAGUGCAGUCCAUCCAUCCAUGUAGUAGAUAUUUGUUGGUGGAGUUCAGCCUGUUAGAAAUCGACAUGUGAAGGACACAACAUCCACAGCUCUUUCCAAAAACACUGGGAACUAUUUUCUUGCUGAAGAACGUAGACAAACGGUAUCUAUCUACCCAUAACUUGGAAUUCCUGGCAUCCAAAUCACACAAACACCAUUGUGCUGGAUAGAUUACGCUUGGGAUGAGUGGGCAAAUAUCUUUUUUGUAUUUUGGGUGAUCUGUUCCUAUAAAUCUGGAUCUGAAAGCACUGCUGAGGCCAAAAUUUGACUGGCAGCUCAUGCCGCACAGUAGAACUAAGGGCAGUAGAUCUGAAGCUAUCUGGGCUAGGGGAAAAGUAGUGCGAGCUCUUGAGGUUUCCCCAAACAACCACAGGUGCUCUCGGAGGCCAUGGAAGGAAAUGUAAUGACCACAAGUGUGUUCUCGUGGCAUAAAAAAUGUAAUUCCGGCACUCACAGGUUUAAAACUUUAAAAGCCUUCAAAUGGACAGAGGUAAGACAUGAAAAGCCCUGUUUUCAGUAGCCUGGCCUUGGAUCUGUUUGAUGCCACAGCAACACAUUUGUGGUCAUAUUUCCUUUGUACUCAUGGAGCUUUCCACUGACCUGCAGAUGUUUCGACUUCCAUGUUGCAACUUUCAAGUAAAAAAUCCAGUCAGAGGAAAAUUGGUUUGUCCACCAUUUUUUGCAGCAUCAUAUAGGCUAUGGCAAACUGUUAGCUUUUCGAUCCUCUCUGUAAUGCCUGCUUGGAGUGCCGACUUUACUGGCAUACUUACGCUCUUUUCCAUGUGGGAAGGUGGAUUUAUCCUUGUUCCAAAAUCAAUGGAAAGCUCCGUUAUUCAGGUUUCAGAUCCAAAAAGGAGUUGAUGGCUUGUUUCUGGUCAGGGCCAGAGUCUUACGUUCUCAGGAAGUUAGAACAAGAGGCUUCGGCAAGGCCGAUGUUAAUUAAUUUUACGGUAAUGUGUCUGAAGACAACACAGCACUUUGUCCCAAAAAUGUACUAAAUCCCAGCUUUCCUUGUGUACAGCUAAUCGAAUGAGACUGUGUUUGAAGUUAUUGCUGAAGACAAUGAAUGCCACAGUGCAGUCAGUGAUUUCAACUUUCUCUAGUCUGUUAUUUAAUUCCUUGUUUACAACGGAGGAAAUGGUCUCCCCGUUACUUUCAUCCAUUGGAAUGAGACAUGUUAUCUCUCUGUUAGUCAGUGGAGCGAACACCUCUGCUGCCACACUGGCUGCCAGAUCCAUUCCCCUGAUCCAUAACUUAGCUAAACGCUGCACAAAAGAAAAAGAAUCUAUGUAAAUAUCCGGAAAAAAAAAAAAUUAUAAUUAUUUUUUUCUUUAUACAAGCACUUUUAUGCGUCCUGGUUUAUACAAAACAAGUUUGUAAUUUUGCCCGGUUUUUCUACUUCAUUCAAGAGACAAUGCCACACAAUGCCAUUUUGCAUGAAACCCUGUAAUCGUGCACAGUUUGUCAUGACGUCGACCCUUUUCGGAGAACGGUUCCUCGGACUUUUGCUCAUCACACUGAAAUGAUUUAACCGGCUUUGGUUCUUGUUUCACCAACUCGCUCAUCGUACAAAUUUUAUGCAAGAAAACAAGUUGGAGGAUAGCUGACUGAGAAAUACUCGGUCUGCCAUAAAAUGUCACUUCUUCACCUGCAAAGCGGACAACUCAGGGAUUCUCCGUUUUCCUCACUUCAUUUGAUCAGUAACCUUCAUUUAAGUAACUCUUAGGCUGUCGACUUUUCAAGAUAUGGGAUACAAGCAUCAACUUGUGCCGUGCGGUUGAUGCCGCAGGCAGCACCGUAUGACAGAUUAGCUCUAGAUUAUUAACUGAAGAAUUAACACUGCGGCCAGAAUGAAGCUUUUGAUAUAAGGAUGAGGUGGUAACACAGUGAAGGAAAGGUCUGCCUGAACCAAACUUGCCUCAUGGUUCUGUGAUGAAACAGUGACAUGGUGGUUUUGUUCUGUCUUUGUGGGAAGAAAAGCCCCUCCACAUCGCUCUGGAAACAAAUUUUUUCGACAUAGCACUUAAUUAUUUAAAAAUGAAGUCAGUCAACGGUGAAAUGAAUGGUAAUAUAGUUUGCUGCAGUGAGGUAUGAAGUGUUUGCUUGUGUGUGCGUGUUUGUACUGUUAUUUUUUAUUUUUAUUUUUUGGAGGGGGGGGCAAAAGACUCCCAGACAGGUACUCUUUGUCAUUACACCACUCAGCCGUUCUUCUGUUCUGUCUGUUCACCUCACUGACGUUUCUUGAGAUAUGCAUUCUCUCCUCAAUGAUCCUUGUAAUAAA